UUUCACCGCUUUCGCUUCUCUUGUUAACCCUACUUUUGUUUCUCUUAUUGUCCUUUUGUUCCUGUAUUUCUUUUUCCAUAAUAUCAAUGGCUUCUGCAGAUGUCGAGUACCGUUGCUUUGUCGGUGGGCUUGCUUGGGCUACUGACAACGAUGCCCUCGGCAAGGCCUUUGCUCCCUUCGGCGACAUUAUCGAAUCGAAGAUUGUCAACGAUCGCGAGACCGGAAGGUCAAGGGGGUUCGGAUUCGUGACGUUCUCCUCAGAGCAGUCCAUGAGAGAUGCGAUCGACGGCAUGAACGGUCAGAGCCUUGAUGGCCGGAGCAUUACGGUGAACGAAGCUCAAUCUCGUGGAAGAGGAGGCGGCGGCGGGGGUGGGUACGGCGGCGGGAGUGGUUAUAGCCGUGGUGGAGGCGGAUACGGAAACGGAGGUGGACGCCGCGAGGGUGGAUACUACAGGAACGGUGGAGGAUACGGCAGUGGCGGUGGUUAUGGUGAUCGUGGAUCUCGCUACUCUCGUGGCGGCGGCGAGUCAGAUGGAAGCUGGAGGAAUUAAGUAGAUUGAUCAGUGCAGGAUUAUAUAUAGAAUAAUGGAGUUUUUAGGGUAUUAUUAGACAGACCUUUCUGGGUUCAGGGUUAUUUGCUUAGUAUUGAACGCUGUGGUUUCCGUUAUGGUUCUGUUUCGUGUGAUUUUAAUCUUGUGGUUUUUAGCAGCGAAAUUAUGUCAUUGGUUAUUUUGUAAUCAAUGGAUUUAAUAUCCAGGAAUUGAAAGCCAAGAAUUAAUAUCAAUUCA